GGCGAGUUGUACGCUCAGCUUUUGAUUGCGAGCGCGUGGAUUUAGUGUAAGAAGCGUACAUAGGCUGUUGUGGUGUUUUGUAUAACUGUCAUGAUUGGAUUACAAUUCUAUAUAUAUUAUUGUCGCUACCUUCAGUCGAUGUCGGAACGCAGCUCGAAAAUGUUGAUUGCAAUUUUGCUGCUAGCCCUGGUCCUGCCUAGCAUACAGGACAAUGCAACGGUCUCUGAAGAAGUGCCCGCCAUUUACACGACCAAAGAUGGUUGCGAGUCCAUAUUGAAGGGAAACAACGAAUGCGAGUGCCAGGAUCAGCGCAUCAAGUGUGGAAUGGUUACCUUGAUCAGCUCCAAGCAGCUGUACAGUGUCAGUUGCAGUAUUUUUGAUGUGCGCGGCUUUGGCUACUUGCCACCGCUCAAAACCGGACGCAUUGGCCGACUAAGUAUCGACAAUUGUGCCAUACCGAAUCCCCAAACCAUUCGCAGCCUGAUUACGAAGCUGGGCAUAACCAACUACACCGAACUGGAGAUCUCCAACUAUUUUGAGGCUCGCGAUGAGCGGGACGAACUGCUCGAGCAGCACUUUACCAAUUAUCCAGGACUCAAGAAAAUCUCUUUGAUUGGCUUUAAGGCUGAGCUGCCAGCGAAUUUCUUUGAGAAUGUCACAGAUAUUACGGAGCUCACUCUGAAGGGCCGAAGUGAUUUGCCAGCCACCUUGCUGCAUCCCCUAACGCAGCUGAAAAGGCUAUCGAUUGUCGUCAGGAAUAUGGCCAGCGUGGGCACCGAGAUCUUUGCCAAGCAGACGCAGCUACUCCAACUCUCCUUGGACUGUUCGCUUAAGAACAGCAGCGUGGACAUGUCGUUGCUCAGCUCCAAGGAGCUGUGGCACAUGACAAAGCUGCGCGGCUUCGAGCUGCACAAUUGCGGCGAUAAUGUGCCGGCCGAACUGUUUUGGAAAUCGGAAAAUCUAUCCUACAUUGGCAUUCGCAGCAACAUCAGUUAUCUCGGCAGGGACUUUCUCAAGUCUCAGAAGCAACUGCUAAUGCUGCACCUGGAGCGCAACAACAUUGCCAGACUGCCCGAUGAGCUCUUCAGUCACUCGCCGAUGCUGCUGGAAAUUCACUUGGCCCAUAACAAUUUGGAUAGAAUACAAGGGGGUCUGUUCAACAAGCUUAAGAACUUGCUGGUAUUGAAUCUGGAGCACAAUCCAAUUACAACUGUCGCGUCCAAUGCAUUUUCUGCAGUCUCCACUGCUCGCAUUUAUAUCGGAGAUCUCUUCAAGCAGAUCAAUAAUGCAGAUUGGGCGCGCUCCACCAAUGCCACGCUCUGCGAGGAGGAAUUCAUAAAUGGCGUUUGUCUCUACUGCAAGCGCGAUGAGUAUUUGGAUCACUUUUCUGCCAAGGAAACGUGCAACAAGCCCAACGACCCGGGAAAACUGAUCGAGGUGCUCAAUCGAAAGAUAUUCGAGCAUCGCCUACAUCGCCUACAUAUGCCUUAAAAUAAUUUUUAUUCAAAAAAAAG